GGGGGGUGAUUAAGUGAGCAAGAGAAAGAGAGAGAGAGCGCUCACAUGAGAGGAAGUACAGGACACAGUAAAGUCAGAGGGAGCCCGUCGUGUCAAGCAGUUGACUGUGACUCUCUCUGUCAGUGCACAGCCGGGCUCCGGAGCUGCAGCACCACUCCUCUGUCAAAGCCGGAUCUAUCGUCUGCUCGAGCCUCCCAGCCUGUCUGACCGCUGCCUCUCUGAUUGACUGGACUGCUGAGGGACCUCUCACUGGAUGUCAGCACCCAAAACUGUGGAUGUGAUCAUCAGCAAUCAGGUUUCUUUAUCCAUACAUGGGGAGCAACCCAUGGACCUAAGUGUGACCCAGAGGUUGUUACAUCCAGGCCUAGAUACGGCCAUGCUGGCCCCCCACCCUCCCUUCUUCCUGGGACCCCUCACCUCUCAGCAUUGCUCCCAGUUUUCCCAGCAGCACUUGCCGUAUAACAUUGAACAGAGAGAGAUGGAGCAGGGUAAAAGAGAACAGCUCCAACACUUGACACGAAAGGGUAGAAAGGAGCAGAGUGCUGUGGCCAGUCCAUUGGUUAGACAGAAACUACGGGAACACAUCAUUAUGAAGAGUCAGCCCACCCAUGACCGGGUCACUCCCAACCACAGCAGUCCUUCACCAGGAUACAGGCUACCGGUUCCAGACAUGUCCCCUAAGUCUCAGCCUACACCCUGUGACCAGCGUAAAGACCUCUGCCUGCGCAGGACAGUGUCUGAGCCCACGCUGAAGUGGAAGUUAAAGAAGCUCAUCAGUACAAGGCCAAACCCGCUGCAGCGUAAGAUCAGUGCUCCUCCCAUGGUCAAGCACAGGACAGAAACUCUGGACUCCUCCCCGAGCAGCAGCAGCAACCCAGCAUCAGGGUGCAGCUCACCCAAUGACAGCCUCAAUUCGGAUAAUGGUCACCUCCCACUGGCUCAUGAGGCACAGAGGUUGCUGGCCCAUUUUAGCUCCUCUCCCAACCCCACUGCCAUGCCCAACAUCACUGCUGGACUUCCUGCUCAGGCUGACCUGCGGGUAGCGAGGCCAUUGGCAGUAUCUGCUCUGCAUCAGGUCUACCUGCCUCUGGAAGAAAGCAGUCCAGCUCUGGCUCAGUCCUUGCAGCCUGUGCUCAUACUGGAACCACACACUGGACUGGUGCACUCCCAACUUGUCUGUCUUCACGGUUUGAGCUCCAUUCCUCUGCAGCAGCAGCCUCGCCUGUCCUCCCCCACCAGAAGGGAAGGCGUUGUUACCUUGCCCUCCCACAGGCCCUUGGAGCGUACACGCUCAGAGCCUCCGCCCUACAGCCACUCACCUCUUUCUCUGAUUGCCAGCCAGCACCCACUCAACCAGCACCAGCUGCCACAGCAAUUCCCCAAGAGCGGACUGGAGAGGUUCAAGCAGAAUGCACACCUGAGCAAGAUCCCAUCAGAGGACAUGGACCUGGAAGAGACUGGAUCUGGAUCAGGUUCGGGGCCUGGGUCCAUAUGCGAUUCAGAACCUGGCUCGAUGUGUGAGGAAGUAUACCGCAGGAGACAGAGCACUGCAAGCACAGACUCAGUUUACGACACAGAGUCAACUACCUCCUCACGCGACAGCUUGAUCGAGCCCUCACAUCUACUUAGUCAGAGGCAGGUGAUCCUUAGAUCAGGUGUCCAGCUGGACCCCCUGGGUGUGCCUUUAAUUUGGCCUCAUCAGCCUCUGGUUCGGACUCAGUCCUCCCCAGCCUCCACUUCUCUGCCUCCUCCACAUCCACCCACAACCCUGCCUUCCCUGUCACUGUCCAGCCCCACAGCAGACAUCCAGUUACGUUUCACCACAGGUCUGGUUUAUGACGCUCAGAUGCAGAAACACCAAUGUACCUGUGGGGAUAACAGCCGCCAUCCUGAGCAUGCAGGCAGGGUCCGGAGUAUCUGGUCCUGCCUGCAUGAAAGGGGCCUAAGGAACCAGUGUGAGCGUAUCCGCAGUAGGAAGGCCACUCUAGAAGAGCUGCAGUCAGUCCAUUCAGAGAAACAUGUGCUUCUGUUCGGCACCAACCCGCUCAACCGCCUCAAGCUGGACAACCGCAAGCUGGCUGGAAUCUUAUCGCAACAGAUGUUUGUGAUGUUACCUUGUGGAGGCGUUGGGGUAGACAUUGAUACAGUCUGGAAUGAACUUCACACAUCAGCAGCUUCCCGUAUCGCUGCGGGAUGUGUCACAGACCUAGCACUGAAGGUGGCCCAAGGAGAGCUGAAGAAUGGCUUUGCAGUGGUGAGGCCUCCUGGACACCAUGCAGCCCACUCCUCCCCUCUGGGCUUCUGUUUCUUCAACUCUGUGGCCAUCGCUGCCAAGCAGCUCCAACACAAACUCAAUGUCAGCAAGAUCCUCAUCGUGGACUGGGAUGUUCACCAUGGCAACGGCACCCAGGAAGCCUUCUACAAUGACCCCAAUGUGCUGUACAUCUCUCUACAUCGCUACGACAAUGGCAACUUCUUUCCUGGUAGUGGACAUCCCAGCGAGGUGGGUGCAGGUGCAGGCGAAGGCUUCAAUGUGAAUGUGGGAUGGACGGGAGGUUUGAACCCUCCCAUGGGUGAUGCAGAGUACCUGGCUGCAUUCAGAGCUGUGGUGAUGCCCAUUGCCCACGAGUUCUCCCCUGAUGUGGUGCUGGUGUCUGCUGGCUUUGAUGCUGUCGAAGGACAUUUGUCAUCACUGGGAGGCUACAAGGUCACAGCCAAGUGUUUUGGCUUCCUGACCCGUCAGCUGAUGUCACUGGCUGGGGGCCGGGUGGUCCUGGCUCUGGAGGGGGGACACGACCUUAAGGCCAUCUGUGAUGCCUCUGAAGCCUGCGUCAGCGCUUUGCUGGGCAUGGAGGUGGAGCCUCUGUCCCAGUCUGUGUUGGACCAGAAGCCCUGUGAAAAUGCCGUCCAGUCGCUAAAGAGAGUCAUCCAUGUUCAGGGUGAGUACUGGCAGAGUGUGAAGGAUUCGGCCUCCACAGCGGAUCUGUCCUACCUGCAGGCGCAGAGACGGCGACUGAGGCGAGAUUCUGACAGCGAGGCCGUCACCGCCAUCGCCUCGCUGUCAAUGGAAGCUAUUACCUCUGACAAGAAACAAACAGAAAAACUGACAAAGAGAGGUGAUCCUCUCUGAGGUCUCUGACAGCUGCCCUCAACCGAGUUUCUAUGGUAACACACACAGGCACACACACACACACGCGCACACACAGCUUUGCAUUUGGACCAUCACUGGAAACAGAUGUCCUCCUCAGUUCGACCACUGUAUUCAUCGCCUCACAAAAACUCCUACAUGACUACUGGCAGCAGUCUGACCACUCUGAUUCAAACACACACUGAGCAAAAACUUUCACCUGGACAACAUUCAUCCUCUUGUCCUGGAGGGGACAUCAGUCACUGAACUGAGAAAAAGUUGCAAAGAAAGACAACCAGAGACAGAUUAAUGAAGGAUCUUCAUUUUGUCGUGGCGUUGGAAGUUAACAACAUGACGAAGCACAAACACAAACUUAACAAAACACAGCUCUGCAACCUUAGACAUUCACCUUGUAAAUGACUCCCUCAAGACCUGCGAGAGACCCCUCGGACUGUUGUAACCUUGAAUGUGGGGUCAAAGGUCACCUGGGCUUACUGGAGCCAAUCAGUCAGAGCGGAAGGAGUCGUCCCCGCCAGGAUGUGUCCGGUGAAGGAGAACAGACUCCACGUCCCACUAUGAUGAUGUCAUUUGUCUAAAUGUGACAAAGAUCCAGUGAAGGAAAAUAUCAGGAGCUGCUGAUUGUUUUUCGCACAGCGCCGCUGUGUAACGUAAACCGGACGAAAUGGAGGAGACACAGCCACAUCGGCUAUGUUGACAACAAACAUCUUGUUUGUUCAUUUUUGGGUUCAUUUGAAUAUUCACUUGACCUUUGGCACACAUUUUUUGUGAAUGUCAGCAGAUUUCUUUUGUUUAAGACUCCAGUAAGAUUGAAGCUCCAGUGAAGUCUGAGAUACAUAUGUUUCAUAUUGUUUUGUAUGUCCACAUAUUUUCUUAAAUCUUUUUUUUCUUUCUUGGCCUGUCGGGCGAGCACAUGCAGCGAGAUGGCUGCACUUAUUGUUAUGGCUCCCUGGCAGAUAAAAGAAGACACAGCAGACUUUGAUGAGGUGCAUCUUAAGAGUGUAGACAUACUGUAGAUUGUAUCUGUGGCAUUAAGUCACAGUGAAGAGCUAAUGCCUCCCGUUGUUGGAGAAUCGAUAUCAGGGGAGAUUCUUUGGACGUCAAUAAGCAGACGAAUCACCAACGAUGCCUCAGGGCAGCGCAACCACUCUGAAAUGAUUGUAUAUGUGAUGAUGCAUAUCACAUUUUGGAUCCAAAGACUUAAUGACAAUCAUUCACUUCAAGUGCACUUACAUUGCCCUCAGGAUGGGAGGAUCAGAAUGACUCGGGUCUUAAAAUCUUUGAUAGCGUUUGUUAAGUGGACCAGUGUUUCAACCUGUGGAUGAGCAUUCCUGCUGUACUUUGUACAUUUAUUUUAUUUCUUCCGUAACAAGGACAAACUGACCUUUCGUUUGUCAUUAACGUAGCAGCGUUCUGUUUACUCUCAGCAGCGGGGAUGUUUUGCUCCCUGGACCAAAACGACGACAUUUUAGCAGUUAGGACGGAGCAAUAAUACUGAGAUAGUUGAAUAUCCACACAGUGCAAUUGGACACAGGUUAAGCGCAACCAAAGUUUAUGAGAACAAUGUGCCGUCCCUGGACUGGCAUGGCUUUCAAAACUUCAAAGACUUUGAAGAGUUUGCGUAUGUUUCCUUUUUUUUAUCCAAACAGUUGAACGGCACCGAAAGCACAGGACGGAUAUAUAAACAAAUUCAUUUCUCAAAAAAACCCUUCUAUUUAUACAUUCAGAUUCUGUGUCUUUGAAGUGCUCUUUGCAUGCCUAACACAAUUUUGACGGUGCUAUGGAUUAUUCUUUUUAUAGUUAGCUUUUUUUCUUUCUUUAUGUUGCGUCAUGUACGCAACUUAAAUCCUGUCAAGUCCUUAAUGUAAAGAUAAUGUGAAAAUGAGGGUAAGCUCCAUAUCAUGUAGUACAGUCCGAGUGUAGCUUUACAUAGUUUUAAGAGAACAGUCAUGACCUGACGUGUCUAAUGUCUUAAUUCAUGCAAAUGACUUAUUUUUGUAUUUGAUCUCCAAAAUGAACCCUGUGCGCACUUAGAGACCAAAGUGUCAGCCCGUGUGUGCCUUGACGUAUCACGCUGACCAACCUGUGUGAAGGUAACUUUAACAAACUGGACCUUUCUUAAAACUGAAAAAAAAAGACCAGUUUCUCUUAACUGACAUUUCUGUACAGUGUACAUAAUGACUUUUUUGUUUGUUUUUGUCUGCUUUUUUGUCUUUUCUACUGUUUGUGCUUCAAAAAAAAUCCUUAAUAAAGGUAAAUUAUAUGCAUUUGAA